AUGGAGCUAAGAUCUGAUACAACAACAAGGCAUGAAGAGGAGAUUGAUGAAAGUUGGUCCAAAUGGGCUAGAACAACUCUUGAGAGUUGUGGGUUGUGGUGUGGCCAUGUAAAGGAAGGACCUUUAAUGGAAAUGGUCAUGGAAGAAGGUCAGACAAGAAGUCUGGAAGAUGGAGAUGAGGCUGCUCAAGAAAACACUAUAAAGAGUGGAAUUGAAGCAGCUCAUGAAGAAAAAUUCAAACUUGUGAAGGUGUGUGAGGUCAAAGAGUUGAUCCGCAACUAUAAACAAGGGAAGGAUGAGAUUUUUCAUCUUGUGGGAAGGCUGAGAGAAGUGUGGCUGGAGCUUAUGGCAAGGUCAGAAACUAUUCAAGAAAGAAAAGAACAAGAUUGUGUCUUUAACUUUCUGGUGGCUAAGAUAUGUGAGUUUGUUCAAUACACUUGUGAUGUGUAUGAGAAAAGGAAGGUAUCAACUCAAGUGAGGGGUGGUACUAGCUUUAGAAGAAGAAGAUUAAGAAAGCUCUCCAAGGGAUGGUUCAUGAUGAGAAAGACUUGGAGAAGAGGCAAGGAAUCAGGUCAUCUAAGUGAUAAGAUGAGCUUGAAAAUGAUCAAGGAAGCUGCGCAAAAGGUGGUGAAGGGAGAGUGUUCUUACUCUGCCUACAUUGGGAGCUCAUGUGAGGAAAGUAUGGUGGUAAGGAAGCAAGAGACCAAAAGAGCAGAUGAUCGUAUCACAAAGAAGGAAUGGGAUGAGUUUGUUAAGUAUGUGUAUGCUUUGGCUACGACCCGGAGUCAAGGAGCUCCUGCCUUAGCAUCCACAACCAAACCCGUCAUCAUUGAUUCUGGAGCAAGUCAUCAUAUGAUCAGUGAUAGGAGUCUGAUUAGUGAGGUCAAGGCUGCAACAGGGAUAAAGAAAGCUACCGUUGAUCUGGAUUGUCAAGUGGUAUUCAGACCAAAUGAAGUUGAGUUCCAAGAUUUGAAGACUGGAAGAAUCAUUGGCAGGGGAGACAGUAAGAAUCAGCUCUACCAUCUCCAAAUGACUAAGAAUCCUAAACCCUUUGAUUCUGUUUGCUUGAGUAGUGCUAUUGAUGGAGUUGAUAGUAGUACUUGGCAUGCUAGAUUGAGACAUCCUCAUACUCGUGCAAUUGAACUGAUUUUACCUAAAUUGUCAUUCAAUCACUUAGAGUGUGAGGCUUGCAUCUUAGGAAAGCAUUGUAGAACUGUCUUUUCUAGAUCUGAGACAAUAUAUGAGCAUUGCUUUGACCUGGUUCAUUCAGAUGUAUGGACAGCUCCCUGCAUGUCUAGAGAUAGUCAGAAGUAUUUUGUGACGUUUAUUGAUGAGAAAUCUAAAUAUACUUGGGUCACAAUGCUUCCUUCUAAAGAUAGAGUUCUAGAUGUCUUUAUAAACUUCCAAGCAUAUGUUGCUAAUCAAUACAAUGCUACUGUGAAGGUUCUAAGAUCUGAUAAUGGAGGAGAGUACACAAGUAAUGCCUUUAAGAGUCAUCUAGCAAAGCAUGGGAUUGUGCAACAGACAAGCUGUCCUUACACACCACAGUAG